AUGGACCGUGUUUGUGAGGACGAGCUGAUCCGGGUUUGGAGGCUAAGGGAGGCAGUGAGGGUGAGGCUGCUGGACUCGUCCAAUACCAGUGUCCCGGUCUCAGUCACUGAAGGUCAUUUUAGGGGUCAGUUAGACUUUGAAAAGAACACCAGCUCUCUCUUGAUCCCCGAGGUGCAGGUGAAUGACAGUGGCCUGUAUUACUGCGAAGUGAUCAUAGUGCCACUCCCUGUUAAAUCAAGAACAAACGGGACUUAUCUCAUUGUCGCAGGGACAAGAGGUAAACAUUUUUCUUCCACAAAUAAAACACCAUCUCUUAAAUCCCCCCCAGACCCAGUGAAUGUUCUGCGGAUCCCCAGUCUGACUGCUGGGCUACUUCUGUUCCUCCUUGCUUUGGGCUUUUAUUUUACAUUAAAGCGCCGAAUUCAGGCCAAGAAACCGGAAGUUUCCCUGGAAAUGUCUGAUCCCAUUUGCAGCACCCCUGCCCCUGCCCGGAGAGAGUCCUUUACACAGCCCGUCGGCCAUGAAAUGAUCUAUUCAAAACUGCAGUGGAGCAAGUACAGUAUGGUGUCUUCUCCAGCAGGGAGCGCUCAUUCUGGCGAGCCAAUGACAAAGAAGAAGCUCAGAGCAGGGACCAGUGACCCAGGGACGGACGCUGUGUAUGCCAUACUUCAGGCACCGUGAAUGUAUUCCCCUCCGUCUCGUGUUCCACAAAUGUCUCCAGCAAACACCCCUUUUCUUCAGUGGUGUGGCUCUGGCAUGUAAUAAAUGUACUGAUGAAA